AUGUACCCGUUAGAUGUCGUAAAGACUAGAGUACAACUGCAAACUAGUUCCGCUGGACCGGAUGGAUACAAUGGCAUGGUGGAUUGCUUCAGAAAGAUCAUUAAGAAUGAAGGUAUCUCACGAUUAUAUCGCGGAAUCGAAGCCCCAAUCCUAAUGGAAGCGCCCAAACGUGCCACCAAAUUCGCAGCCAACGAAUCAUGGGGAAAAUUCUACCGCGACAUAUUCGGCGUCGCCAAACAAAACCAAUCCCUCGCCAUUCUCACCGGAGCCACCGCUGGAGCAACCGAAUCAUUCGUAGUCGUCCCGUUCGAACUCGUCAAAAUCCGUCUACAAGAUCGCGCCUCCGCUGGAAAAUACUCCGGAAUGGUAGACUGCGUGAGCAAAAUUGUGAAAGCCGAGGGACCAUUAGCUCUGUACAACGGACUAGAAAGUACAAUGUGGAGACACAUUUUAUGGAACGCCGGAUACUUUGGCUGUAUCUUCCAAGUCAAGGCACUAAUGCCCCAACCCGACAACAAGAAGCAGGAAAUGCUAGUCAACAUGAUAUCGGGAGCAAUCGGUGGAACCACCGGUACAAUCCUCAACACGCCCAUGGAUGUCGUUAAAUCGCGCAUUCAAAAUAGUCCCAAGGUAGCCGGCUUAGCACCAAAAUACAACUGGGCCUGGCCAGCUCUCGGAACCGUCAUGAAGGAAGAAGGUUUCGCUGCACUCUACAAAGGAUUCUUACCCAAGGUCCUCAGAUUAGGACCCGGUGGUGGUAUUUUACUCGUUGUCUUUACUGGAGUCACUGAUUUCUUCAGGAAAAUGCGCGAGGAGAAGGGAUUGUAG